AGCAAGGACAGUGAGGGCAUGUAUUCAGAAUGGAGCUCACUGCCACUGGAGGGAGGAGGGCAAGGCGUGCUGGGUGCAGUUGGCGGACGCGACGUUGUACUCGCCGUCGUGAAGCAGCUUGCAAGUCAUCAGCCCAGCCCACUCACAACUGAUACUGAGGUUGAAUGGGUGCUGGAGGUUCUGCGUUAUGGCCUAUCACUACCAUUAACAGAGCAUGAAGCUUUACGCGCGUGCGUUUACGUGUGCCACGCAUGGCUUGGUGCUCUGUUGCCCCCCGCGCCGGCGUCCCAGCCCCCGCAACCCGCCAUCCCGCCACCUCUAGCAGCUGACCCUAAGCGAUAUGCCGCAAAAAUACUCAGCCAUUUACAUAACCUUUUCGUGCCAAGAGCUGAUGAUAGUGCAGACUUGAUCAGCAAGCAGGCCGUGUUGUGCCACCGUGUGCUGCGACUGGCACGGUCAUUGGCGGACAGUGGGGCUUUAGGACCGCGCGAGUGGCGC